AUGCGAUCGCAGGGUGGUGUCGAAUUCUUCGUAAUCAACAUCGUCGGCAACUUUGGCACCGUCUUCCUCGAUAAUGGCUACUAUAACAAGGCUAUCGCUGCUUCGCCUGUACACGCUCUCCCCGGCUACAUCAUCGGUGGUCUUUCUUGGUUUGCCAUUCCUUGGCUCACAGCUACCACCAUGGGACUCUCUGCCCUUGCUCUCGAAAGUAACCCCAGGUUUCCCACUUUCCCCGAGCGCAUGACGGAAGCUGAGGUCUCUGCUGGCCUCGCCCUGCCCUACGCUGCGGUUGCACUUCUCGGCAAGGGUGGUGCUGUAGCCACUCUGCUCAUGGUUUUUAUGGCUGUUACAUCUGCCAGCAGUGCUGAGCUUAUUGCCGUUUCUUCCAUCUUCACCUACGAUGUCUAUCGCACGUACUUCAAGCCCGAUGCUUCUGGUGCUCGUCUCAUCCACUUCUCUCACGUCGUUGUCGUCUGCUAUGCACUAGUCAUCAGCUCUGUUUCCGUCGGCUUGUUCUACAAUGGCAUCUCUAUGGGCUAUCUCUACGUUCUUAUGGGAGUACUCAUCUCGGCCGCCGUUCUGCCUGCCACCCUGACUCUCAUCUGGCGCGGCCAGAACAAGUGGGCUGCAACACUCACGCCCAUCUUUGGUACCAUCCUUGCCAUCAUUGCUUGGCUUGUCACGGCCAAGAAGGAUUGCGGCGUCCUCGAUGUCACUUGCACCGGAUCCAACACCCCUAUGCUAGUCGGCAACGUCGUGGCUCUUCUUUCUCCUCUGGUCCUUAUCCCGAUCUUCACCCUCAUUUUCGGUGUCGACAAGUACGAUUGGCAGUCCAUGAUGGAGAUCCGCAAGGGCGAUGAUCAUGAUCUCGCUAAUGCCGCUGGUGUCGAUUUGGAGGAGACUCCCGGUGGCCACCAAGAGACAAGCGAGGAAUUUGAGCGCGAACAGGCCAUGCUUCGUCGCGCGUUCAAAAUCUCAGUCACCGCCACAGUUAUCAUGACUCUUGCCAUGCUCAUUCUCUGGCCUAUGCCCAUGUACGGUUCUGCCUACAUCUUCAGCAAACCGUUCUUCACUGGCUGGGUCGUUGUCGGCAUAAUGUGGAUAUUCUGUUCCUUCUGCGCUGUUGGUCUCUAUCCGAUUUUCGAGGGCCGCGCGACCCUGAUUCACACGGUGAAGAGCAUGCUCGGUGGGAAAAAGCCCACGAGACACGUGGUCACCGAGGGUCAGGGAGAUGGCGAGGGUGUUUCAGGCACUGCGACCCCCGAUGACCACGAGAAGAAGAGGAUUGAGGGCCAGGAGAAGGCUGUAAGUGAGUGAUAGGCUCUUACUUUCUACUUACAUCCCCCAUCGUUGCUGUGCUCUAGGAGAUACCCCAUCACUCGGGGUAAGCGUGUUUAGCUUUUGAUACCAGACUAUUUCAUUUCAAAAGAAACUAUUUCUUUGCUUGU